UAAUAAGGUACCCUUUACUCCUGAAGAACUCGCAAUAGUAAAUUACCAAAAUAUGUGCAAUUAACCCUUCACUGAUUGCUUUCACGCUAAAAGUAAAAAGUACUUUGUACAUUCAUUUAUACAUAAUAUAUAAGCUCGGAUAGGUAGUAGGUACCUAGGUACCUAAUUGCUUUGCAAGCUACAAUCAGUAAUGACAGUUCACUUAUAAAUCGUAAAUAUUACAUAAUUAAAGAGUAAAGAACGUAGGUAUCAAUUAAAAUAUAGCCCGAUUCUAGGAUCGAGUGAUAAAUAUCCUGUAUUGGUGAUUACCGAUUGUUAUUCAAGAUUUGCAUUCAUAGUACCACGCAUAUACAGUGCUUAUUAUAUAUGUAUGUACCCUUUCUGACGUUUAAUAAACUUGUACCUACAUGAAAAUGGACAAACCUGUGGAACCUAAUAUUGAAGAUUGCUGUGGUAGUGGUUGCAACCCAUGUAUAUUUGAUAUUUAUAAAGAGCAACUUAAAAAAUAUGAAAAUAGUUUGAAGUAUGGGCAAGUAACAAACAAUACCUUAGAAAAUGGAAUAUCACAAAUUAAGUACACAAAUUUUGUUGUGGUAGACAAUAAAUAUAUGAAUGAUACACAUGCAAUAAUAAUUCUAAAGAGACUUGUAUGCAAUGAUAAUGGUAUGAGUCGAUUAUGGUGGAACCCAGGUGAUCACUUCCUUCUGAAAUAUGUUGUCGAAAAUAAAACAUGUACUAGAGCAUACACUCCAAUUAAGUUAAAAAAAAAUGAAACAGAUUUGUGGGACUUUUUCAUUGUUGUAAAGAAAGGCAAUAUAGGUUCAGUGUCUUUAUAUCUAUACAAUUUACAGAAAGGUGAUAUAACCUCAUGGCGAGGUCCAUAUGGAAAAUAUGAACUUGUUCCAAAUAGAUUUGAUAGAAUCAUAAUGAUAGCCCAAGGAACCGGCUUAGCCCCUUUCAUUUCAAUUAUCCAGCAGAUUCUUGAAAAUGAAGAUGACAUGACAAAAAUUAUACUAAUUUAUUGCACUAAAAAUAUUGAGACCAUAAUUUUAAGAGAAGAAUUGUACUCAUAUAAACAAUAUUGGAACUUUUCUUACAAAAUUUAUCUUAGUGAAAGUAGUGAUGAAUUUCCAUCUAAAUAUGAAGAACCUAUAAUAUGUACAAAAUUUAAUUUUAAUGAAUUAUCCCAUCAUAGACCAUUUAGAAUAAGUGAUCAAUACCUCUUGUGUGGUUCAGUAACUUUCAUGGAAAGUUAUGCACAAUAUUUAAUCAAUGAAAAUGUUCAACUUGCAAAUAUAGUAAAAUUUUAAUUUUAUUAUAUGAAUGGUCUAUUAAAUUGAUGUAUUGAGACGCUUAAUCUGCGUAAUUAUAUAUACUGAAUGCUUAAUUCCAGUAAUCAACAAAUUAUUGUUGUGUUUGCCUAUAAAUAGGUUUAAUGGGGAAAUACUAGUUGAGGACAGUUUUUCUGUAUGUUACUUGAUUUUCAAUUGAGGUCUUUGGCUCCGAAUGUUACUAUUAUUUUGAUAAAUGUCAUUAACAAAAUGAAAAGAAAUUUUGAAAUAAAAUUAAUCUAAAUCCUGUGGUAACAGUGAUUAAGGUCUAGUUUAAGAUCACGCACAAAAGAAAUAUUAUUUUUUUUUACUAUGGCAAUCGUCCUCUUCCGAUGUCGUUGUUACCAACUUUUCGUUUAUUUUGUCGUAUGAAAAUUAAUAGUUCAUUAAUCUUUAUUAAUAAGGCGUUUUAACUUGUAGGCCAUGACGACUUCAAAACUUAUGUAUCUGAUUUAGUUCUGCGUUCAGCGUCACUCAGAAUUUAUUCAAUGAUUCUACUUUAUGUUUAUUAAAAAAAUAUACUAUAAUGUAAAAACUCA